UGAUAACAAGUGUCAUGGCGGCGUCCGCGGCUGUCCGCGCUGGUGUGAGUUUCUCUCAGCGAUUCAUCAGAGUUUCACCGGCAGACUGCAGCGUGUGUCCGUUAUACCGCUUAAACAUGUGCACCGGAGCCAUGCGAGCGAUCGACGGGUUCAAAGCGCCGAACAGACGCCUGCGGACGACAAUCAGUGUUUAUCAGAGUGAAGAGAGUCACUCACCUGUGGAGGACACACACGAGCAUGUAGUUAAUGUGGUGUAUAUUGACCGAUCAGGCCGGAGGAUUCCAGUCAAAGCUAAAGUUGGUGAUAAUAUUCUUUAUCUGGCGCACAAACAUGGCAUUGAUCUCGAGGGGGCGUGUGAAGCAUCUCUCGCGUGCUCUACGUGUCACGUGUAUGUCAAGAGUGAAUACCACGACAAACUUCCAGAACCUGAAGAAAGGGAGGAUGAUAUGUUGGACAUGGCACCGAUGCUGCAGGAGAAUUCUCGUCUGGGUUGUCAGAUCAUUCUGACCCCUGAAAUGGAUGGCAUCGAGGUGACACUUCCAAAGGUCACGCGCAACUUCUACGUGGACGGUCACGUCCCCAAACCUCACUGACAGGGUCAAAGGUCAGGGGUCAUGAGUGAGCACUGAAGGCCAAACGCUUCGUUGACCGAUGUGACCGAUUGCAAAGCAGUGUGGGAUACCAACACUAUUCACUUUCAACCGAAACGAACGCACAAAACUUACGACAGUGGCAGUCAGUGUCCAUAUAAACUGAAGCUUCUUUCACAGUUCAGAGCUGAUAAAAGCUGUUUUUAAUUCUGUGAUGUCAACCGAGUCUGUGAAACAUCUGCACAGAAUUAUUGAACUCGCAUGAAGUUCUCAUCUGUGUGCUUCUGUUUGUUCUGUUAAAUACUUUUACAGCACAUUAUAAAUUACAGCAUAUUUUUGACUUGAGUUUACUGAUAAAACAUUCAAAUCUGCAGUCUGUUGAUCGGGAUCAGUACUGUAUUUAUUCGUAUAUCAUCACUGAUUUCUAUAAAACAUGAGCGCUUCAUUACAGCUCAAAUCAACACAUCAGAAAUGUCAAACCGAAUCUAACGAAUAAACUAAAUAAAUUCUAUAAACAUCUAUGAAAUUGUGCAUAAAGAGGAUUUUUUGCAUGGUGACAAAUUUGUUCAAAUCAAAUCAAAUCACUUUAUUGUCACACAGCCAUAUACACAAGUGCAAUAGCUGUGUGAAAUUCUUGGGUGCAGUUCCGAUCAACAUAGCAGUCGUGACAGUGAUGAGACAUAUACCAAUUUACAAUAAACAUCAGAUUAACACAAUACAAUUAAAGUCUAAUAUACACAUAAUUACACUCAACACAAUAUACAAAUAAUAACAUACACUGUACAGUAUACAAUACGCACAAUAUAGAAUACACAUUAUUCAAUAAAAAGUAUAUAUAUAGUAUAUAUAGAAUGUACAGUAUUGUACUGUAUUGACAUUCAGGCUGUCGGUUCAUAGUCAGUUUUGUGACAAUCAAGUACAUUUUCCCACCAAAUGGUCGUUACUGUAAUAUGAGAAAACAUUUGACUUUAAUUUAAUUGUAAUACCAGUUAUUCUCAUUACUGCAAUGCAGUACAUAACAAUUUAAAUUAAUUUAAAAUACAGCACAACAAAUAUUAGCAUGAUGACUAAAUACUUGACAGUUUAAAUAAGGGGAAAUGUCAUGAAAAUAAUGUCACAAUAUAAAAAAUCUUAAUAGUGGCUAAAUAUUUUUUGUAUUACAUUUUGGGCUAAAAUGACUUGGACAUGUUCUUCACAACAAACAUUGUAAUUAAUUUCUGAUGUCUGGCCUUUAUACAGAUAUUGUGUCAUUCAUUUCAGUUUAUUAUUAUUGAUCACUAAUAAACACAUUUCUC